AUGCACCUGGGGCACGCGUACUCGUGCGUCUUGGCUGAUACGUUAGUGCGCUUUGCUCGUUCGCAGCAGGGGUUCUACGAUUCGCCUGUCGAGGCAGAAACAGAAACGCCGUCCGAAUCCUCAGAGGGGCGGAAUGGAGAAGAUCAGCGGAUCGCAGAUACACCCGCGGGGCCGGGGGGAGAAGGAAGGAUAGACGAGGAAACAGGAUGUGUGCUUCUGACAGGAGCGGAUGAACACGGAGGAAAAGUCGUGCGCGCAGCUGAGGCGGCGUGGAGGUCUUACUGGAAACAAAAAGAGAGAAAGUGGGAAGGGAUGAGCGAAGACGCCUGCAACCACGAGGACGGGGAGCUAGCAGCAAGGAGGGUGACUCCAGCUAGGAGCAUUCCCCUUUCGUCGUUUGCUUCCUCGCCAUCGUCUCCGCCGUCUUCCUCCUCUCCUUGUUCUUCGUUUUCGUCACAUUUUUCUCAAGACGCAGUCGAAGCUUUUGUCGACUCCAUUGCCCGCUACAACCUCUCGACGCUGCGGCGGCUCCAUAUCCUCACGUACCCCGCAAUCCCUUCGCAGUUCUUCCGGACUUGCAAAGGCAACACGCCUCUCGGUUCUUCGUCUUCUUCUUUGCCGGUUGAGAUUCUUGCUGGGGCCCGCAUCGAGCCUCACGGAGGCGCGGCUCCUCCAGAGGCAGCGGGUAGGAAGCAGCGCCUUCAGGAUGCGAGAGUCGGCCUUCGUUCUGUUGAUGCUGAGAUUAGCAAUCCAAAAGAGGAAGACAUAACUUCAGCAAGACGUGGAAAGGAGGCGGGGAGACGGCGAAGUGACACGACUGGAGAGAGAGAAGGCGGUGAACUCUUUUUUAGACGGCGACGCGACGGCGAAGAGGCGAAAGCGCUGGCGACUCCACGAAGCACACACGAGAGGGCUGUAUGGACACUCUGGAGAAUGCUGGAAGAGAAGGGGCUUAUUUACAAAACCUCGGCUUCCUCUCCUCCCUCGACCUCGCCUUCGUCUUGGUCCGAAUCGGGAGAGAAACUCGGGGGCCUUAACUUUAUCGGAGAAGAGGAAGAAGAGCAAGCAUGGGGCGCGCACAUCUCACACGGCGCUCGACUCCCAAUGCCAGAUUCGCCUGGCUCUGUCUCCGCUGCCUCCCUUCCUUCUGCCCCGGUUGACAUUUCACGCGACGCAGAGACUUCCCUCAGAGAUUUUUCAUCUCCUGAGGAGGGAUUUGUCGAUGCCGGAAAGAAGCGAGAAGAAGCACGAGAAGAAGCACGAGAAGAGCUGUACUUUUUCCGUCUGACUCACUUCAGAGACGCUCUACUAAAGCUGUACGCGUCGCCCGACAUGUUCUCCAUCUCCCCGACGAGUCGCCUUGAGGAAGUUAAGUCCUUCGUCGAGCACGGCGGCCUGCGCGACCUCGCGAUCUCCCGCCCCACUUCAACCUACACCAUUCCGCCUCUCUUCCACUCUUCUCCAGUGUCGCCUUCGUCUUCUUCCUUCUCGCCUCGCGUUGCAGACUCGGCAGCGUCACGUUCGCCGCUCCACGCGGCUCCAAACGAAACCUUUCCAGUUACGGAGGCGAGGCUCCAGAGUGGAGAGACUCCAGCGGUAUGGGGCCUGCGCGUGCCGCCCUGCGAGUUCGAUGAAUUCCCUUUUCUUCCUUCUCCCUUCGCCAUUCCGACUUCGUCUCUCGCCUCUUCGUCUCUCGCCUCUUCGUCUCUCGCCUCUUCGUCUCUCGCCUCUUCAACUUGUCGUUCACAGCGAAACGUGGUGUAUGUGUGGUUUGACGCCAUCGUCGGUUAUUUGACGGCUGCGGGCUUUCCGGCCGUGCACUCGCGUCGCUUUCGAACUUGGUGGCCUCCUGCACUGCAAGUUCUGGGGAAAGACAUCCUGCGCUUCCACGGCGUUUUGCUGCCGGCGCUCCUUCUCGGAGCCGGCCUGUCGCUCCCCAGGCGACUGCUCGUUCACGGCUGGUGGACGGACGGCCGAAACCAGAAGCUGUCAAAGAGCGCCGAGGCGAAAGUUCCCGCGGCGCAGUCGGCGCUUCGGGAAGCCGCUCUCGGCGAACGGAGGGUGGAGUGCCGACAGGGUUCACCGGAAAGGACGGGCGAGAGGCGCACAGACGCACCAACAGGCCGCCUGCGACUCGACGUGGGCACGGCGAAAGACGAAAAGCGUCGAACCCUAGAAGGCGAGAAGGCGACCGGCGAAGCACAGAGACAGGGAGAAGAGGCAGACGAAACAGAAGCAAAACGAACAAGGCGAAACACCGGAGGAGACACUCGAGGAGACACUCGAGGAGACAGCAGAGAAAAUGGAGAAGAAGAGGGGCGGGGGUGUACGAGACGUAGAGAACGGCAGACCUGGCAGAAAGGCGAGGGAGGAGAGAACCGCGAACAGGGAGGAAACACGAGGCUGGAGGGAGACACUGUGGGGACUCGGCGAGAGCAUGCAGCGGAAGAUGGAGAGGCGACCGCGCCCUGGUCGGGCGAGAACUCACUCAGUGCGGCGCUUCGGCGCCUCGUGGACCAGUACGGCCCUGAUGUCGUUCGGUUUUUUCUUCUGCAUGCCAAGUCGCCCGAGAAAGACAUGACUCUCCUCGUCGCGUCUCCUGCCUCCGUGGAGCAGACGGAACGAGGAGCAACGCUUUCGUCUUUCGCUUCUUCCUCGCAUUCUUCUUCUCUGUGUUCCUCUCUCGCUUCUUCUUCUUCCUCGCUUUCUUCUUCGCUUCCUGAGUGUAUGGGCUCCAGCGAGAAGAGCGUCUCUGUGAACGACGUCUACGUCUUGUUGCAGCGAACAGUUGGGAAUUUGCUUUUUCGCGUGAUGGGUUUGAUGUGGAAAAAUAGCUCGGCGGGCGAGCUCGGCCUUCUGCCACGGCGGCCGCUGUGGAUCGAGAGGCGCCUGCAGAGCGCGGGGCGGAAAGAAAGGGAGACGGGCACGGAGACAGCCACGGAGACAACAUCCGCAGACUGGGGCGAGCGCCGGGGGCGAGAAAGGCCGGAACCGGCGAGCGAGCCUGCGCCGGCGAGCGAGCCUGCGCGAGGAUACGGGGGAGACGAAGCGAGAGAAAAUGCUGGAGUCAGCGAGGAGCUGAAGAAGGAAAGCUGGAUUUUUCUACAAAAGAUCCUCGACUUUCAACGCGCCGCCGACGCGUACAUGCACACCCAGCAGUUCCACCUGUACACGCGGCAACUCCUGCGCUUAGCAGGCGAAGCGAAUGCGUUCAUCGACCGCCUGGCGCCUUGGCGCUUGCUUACCUCAUCGUCGCCUAGGGUCUCGCCUGUUUCCCCCUCUUCUCUUUCGGCUUCGCCUCCGCCGUCGCGUGGAGAUUCCAAGCGCGCGUCUCUGGAAACGAUUCUGUUUGUUUUAUGCGAGUUCCUUCGGCGAUUCGCUCUGCUGCUGGCGCCGCUCUCCCCGGGGCUCGCCCACAAGAUCUUCGAGCAGCUGCGGGUGCCUGCGCGGCUCCGGACCCUCGGGAAAAAAUCCGGAAAAGCGAGCGAGCGAGACAGGCGAGGCCGAGACGCACGAAACGAGCCGAAAGAAGCAAACAUGCUGGAAGGCGGAUGGGCUGUCGAGACACCCCAACAGAUUCUUCCGCCGCUCGGCUGA